AUGGAUUCGCAUAAAGUAUCACCUGUCCUGGAAGAAAAUGGGUCGGAAGCGACCGUCUCAGCGCUAUCCGACGCCCAGAACCGAGGUACCCCCAAUAAUGAGCUGUGGGAGCGGUUUAAAUUUCGCUACACCACUAAAAUGGGAAAACGAGAAGUUCACGCGGCGGAGGACACGCUCCGACAGCAGGCCGUUCUUGUGUUGGAAAUUGACAACGAACAGUUAAUGUCCUGCUCAGAAACACAGGACGAUAAUUUCGUGCAGUGCAUAGAGAUUCUGAAGUCAUCAGGACGUCAGUACGCCAUCUUUGCGUACUACGACAUUACAUUGCGAGAAGUUUUCGCGUUUCCUGGACCGUUGCGCGACCUUCGUAUUAGUGAAAAGGUAGGCAAAAUAUUUUCUCAACCUCCGUUGAUCUGGAUAGGGUUUUCCAACUGA